CACACCACCAACCAUGUCAUACCUCCUCCCUCAUCUCAAAUCAGGCUGGCACGUCGACCAAGCAAUCAUGUCCGAAGAAGACCGCGUAGUCCUCAUCCGCUUCGGCCGUGACGCAGAUCCAACCUGUAUGCGACAAGACGAGGUGUUGUACCGCAUCGCCGAAAAAGUCAAGAACUUUGCCGUGAUAUAUUUGGUCGAUAUCGAUGAAGUCCCGGAUUUUAAUAAGAUGUAUGAGUUGUAUGAUCCGUGUACGGUCAUGUUCUUCUUCAGAAAUAAGCAUAUGAUGAUCGAUUUGGGAACGGGUAAUAACAAUAAGAUUAAUUGGGCGUUGGAGGAUAAGCAGGAGAUGAUCGAUAUUAUUGAGACGGUGUAUAAGGGUGCGCGGAAGGGUCGGGGUUUGGUGAUUUCGCCGAAGGAUUACUCUACGAAGUACAAGUACUAGACCGGACAUGGUGGGACUCUUCCUUGGGUGACUGUUGUGUUGCAUGUUGGAGGUGGUGAGCUGAUGGAGACGAGCUGAUGGAGAGGUAUUGAUCAACGUCGCAUCUUUACAGAAUGAGUAAAGUCUUGCAACCGAUAAAUAUGUGGUAUUCCCAUAUCUUACCCUACGCUAAACCUCACCGCAGUCUAACGAAACCAUCGUUCAUCAUCCU